UAAAAAUCAGGCAAUCGAAUAAUCAAGCAUCUUCGUCAAUUACUCCGAUAGCCACAACCUCUGAAGUCUUUGUCGUCCUCCUUAGCAUCUGUGUGAACACAACCAUGGAGCUAACAGCACAGCAGCUGAUCCAAUACAACGGCACCGACCCAUCAAAGCCGAUAUACGUGGCACUGAAAGGUCGCGUCUUUGACGUGACGGACGGCAAGUCGUUUUACGGGCCUGGAGGGCCGUACGCGAUGUUCGCGGGCAAGGACGCCAGCAGAGCUCUGGCGAAGAUGACCAAGAACGAAGAAGACAUCACUGCCUCCCUCGACGGCCUCUCGGAGAAGGAGAUCGGCGUCCUCACCGACUGGGAGAAGAAGUUCGAAGCUAAGUACCCAGUUGUUGGCCGUGUUGUUUCUUGAAAGUUCUCUACUUUCAAUUAGAAUUCUUGAAAAGUCUCAACCUUUUAUCGUCUUUAUGACUUAAAUGUAUGCACUUUCAAGCAAAAUAAGUGUUUAUGGGAAUUAUUUGCUUCUGGGUAUCUGUGACUUUGUAUCCUAUCCGUGUAUCUGAUCUUGGAUGUUGUGUAUGAAUAAAUGACUCUGGUUGUGUGAAUUUGGUUUUGUUGAUUUGGCUGAA